AUGGAAAGAGGACACCAUUCAGCUAAACCUGUCUCACCUGGACAAGAAUCAGAAGCACAAGGUAUUUCAAGUAGCGGUAAUGGUAAAAUGUCGCAGUCAGGGAUGCUACCUAAUUCGUCUGUAUCCCAUGCCAGUACGUCAGGAUCAUCUAUGAUUGGAAGCUCUUCACAUCCUUCCUCAUCACAAACUGGUUAUGCUAAUCCUUUUCCAUUUUCUGCCUUAUCUCUACGUGGACUUGGCAGUAACACUGUUGGCAUUCGUUCUGCACCAAGUCCUAUUAGUAGUUCUACUACCUCCAGAGAAAGAGAACCUGCUCCUCUGCUUUCAUCCCAGUAUGAAACACUAUCUGACAUUGAAUCAGACUAA